AUGGAACCAAAUGAGGUUACUGAACGUACUUUCGUCACUAUCGGAACACAAACAGAAAUUUUGAACACUACAUCUCUCACUCGGUCUGACUCAUUUAAUAUGAUUGUUGAUCCACCUAGUUCCAGCACUACUCCAGUAACAGCAGCUGGUCCGUCUGCUUCCUCAACAACUUCUUCCGUUACUUCUGUCAUCACUUUACCGUUUCAUCGUUUAACCAAGUCGCAUAACCGCUGUCCGGUGUGUUUAUACUAUUACAGUGAUACUGGUUCUUCAGCAUUACAAUUUGAAAGUUACACUCGAGUUCGUGCAUUUUUAGAACACAAUAUUGUAAUCGUAUCUGGCGCAAGAUGUUGUGUUAGGCAUGUUGAUAGCGGAUAUUUCACUACACAAGCCCUGCAACUAAUUCUACAUGGAGAAAAGAGGUGUGAUUUAUCACUUGAAGAACUUCUUGAUAUUUUUACCGCUACUAAACAUGAAUUUUUAUCUAAAGUAUCAACAGUUCAAGAUGCUUCUAAUACCCCUCCAUUGGAUUUUGAUGGGUUUACACGUUUAUCAUCUGACAAUUACUACGUUUUGACUGGACUGAAAUUAGAAGAUUUCAAUAAUCUUUGUUCUCGUAUUCCUCGAACUUCUUUGAAAGACACGUCGAAUCGUUCUGCGCGAACUGCAAUUGCCUGUUUAUUAAUGAAGUUGAGACUCGGUGUAAGUCAUCAAGUAUUGGCUACUCUAUUAUUGUUUAAAGAUAAACGAACAGUAUCACGUGUGAUUCACAGUGCACGCAAAGCUUUAAUAGAACAUUUUGUUCCGCAUUUUCUCGGUUUUGAACACAUUACACGUCGAGAUGUGAUUGACAUACAUACACGUCCAUUAGCUGACUUACUCUUAUCUGAUCAACCUGGCCGUGUAAUUCUGAUUUUGGAUGGCACUUAUAUUUACUUUCAAAAAAGUGCAAAUAAUGUGCUGCAGAGACGAACUUUUAGUCUUCAUAAAGGCAAACCUUUAGUCAAACCUAUGCUAAUCACGACGACGACUGGUUAUAUUGUCGCCUGUAUGGGGCCGUAUUUCGCCGACUAUAAAAACAAUGAUGCAGAGAUCACGAAGCAUAUUCUUUGUCACAACAAAGAAAACAUUGCAAAGUGGCUCCGAAAAGGGGAUAUCCUUGUUAUUGAUCGCGGUUUCCGAGAUGCACUAGACUAUUUACAUCUUCUGGGAUAUCAAACACAUAUGCCAGCAUUUUUAUCAAAAGGUGCUAAACAGUUUGACACCGCAUCGGCUAAUCAAACACGAUUUGUUACGAAAAUUAGAUGGGUGAUCGAGAGCGCAAACGGUAGAAUUAAACAAUGGCGACUCUUUGAUAAGGUUUUACCGAACUCUCUUCUCAAAACUGUUGGCGACCUUGUUGCAAUUGUGUGUGCUUUACAGAACAGUUAUGGAGCACCAUUCAUUCAGUCUAUGAAGAAAGACAAAGAAUUAGCUCAGAAAAUGUUACACUUACGAGAUGAGACGAACGAACUGGGAGAUCUUGUCGCUAAACUCAGAGAUAAAGCAGAAAAACCUCUUCAGUGGAAAGAAUUGGACGCAUCUGACACAGUUCCGGAUUUCCCACAUUUAACGUUUAAACAAUUGAAUGAUUUAACACUUGGAACGUAUCAGCUGAAGCAAGCUAAGUCGUACACAGUCGAGCACUUGGCGGCCGACGGUAAAUAUGUAGUUAAAGUUGGAAAGCAUCGACCUGAUCUCAUCAAAGCUAAAAUUCAGUCGAGACACAGGAAUUCCGUCUCGUAUGAUGUAUGGAUAAGGUAUUCAUCUCAAGAAAUCCUAGGUUGGUAUUGUACAUGUCCUGCCGGAGCUAGAGUGGUAGGCUGCUGUGCUCAUUCAGCGUCCAUUAUAUGGUACUUAUCAUUUGCACGCCAUCAUCCAGAACAUCUUAAACAAGAAUCAUCCACAUUUUUGAAUUCUCUGGCCGAUGCAGCUGAAUACUCCGAUAUUUCAGAUGAUAGCGGACCAGACAGUGACUCUGACGAUGAAAAUACACUAUAUUCAUUAGCUUAG